AUGCAUGCCUCUAAAAGUGGAGUGCGUUCACCCGCAGCCAGCCCGGGAGAUUCGAGGAAUGAGAACACAUCAAAGGCCUACAAAAUCCUCGGCACAACAGAUGCCUCUGUCCACGAGACUCAUUCCAAGCGUGACGACAAACGACGCUCGAGACGACCAAGCUUCAUGAGAGCUCCGGAGAUCAAAUCGCAGAAGAGUGGUGGUUUUGUUCCCUUCCCGACUGCUGCUCCAGAGACCACUAUUCCCCCACAACACCUCCGUGUUCGGGCAUCAUCACCCCUGCUGGGCCAUGAGUUUCGCCCAGAUGAUGCUCCUGGACAGCCGAUGCCAGCAUCGACAAAGAAAAUCCACCAGUCAGGUUCAGCCUCCGCCCUAUUCUCCUACUUCAGUUCUCGGGAUUCGUCAGCCAAUACAAUUCCUGGCAUUGGAGUUGCGACAUCCGACUUCGGGCCUGCAGCUGAAGGUAAACCAGAGUCACGGCAAAGCGCCGAGUCUGGUUCUAGCCUCAGGCAACCGAAAGGCCCGAUGAAAGACUCAAAGCGUAAAAUGCGCCCACCCCGGAUCGACCUCUCCCUACUGUUUCCCAAGCCCAAGGCAACCGCUGAGCCCCUCCUGUCGCCGCAACGCUUGGUGGCCUCUCCCUCUGCUAUCUCCAUAGUUUCUGAGCAUCCGGUCACCAAGGCAAAAAACAUUGAGGACCAUGCAGCUGGCACUAAGCUCGCAAAGACGCCACCUCACCUGGUAAAGACGACCGACCAAACCUACGGCGGUCGGGCUCCUGAGGCAUCAUCCUACGAGACUAAGACGUCGAACUGGCUUGAUCCAUCCUUGGAGAGGACCGUACGGGCCAGUGAGAUGGACUUAGCCUUGCAGAAACUGCAGCAAGAUUCUCGGCGCAAUACCAAGGGUCGCUCUAACCGCUCACAGUCGCGAUCCCAAGGCCAAGAUAAACGGCGAACCGGUGAUUCUCGCGCCCCGGAUGAUAACUUGUGGAAGGUUACCUCAAACAGUUCUGGCAGUGAGUGGAGCAAGGAGACCUACUUAUCUCCUAAAGCUCAUUCUCGCAAAAGCUCACAUCGUGUUUCAAAUCACUCUGAACCCAGGAGACCAAAUUUGCAUGCGUCUGCUGCAUUGGAGAAGUGCUCGGUGCCAAAGAAGAGUAGUCGAACUACACUGAAGACCGCGGACUUGAAUAGCUCCAGCGUGCUUUGCCUCUCAUCUUCGGAGGAUGAAGAUGAUGACGAGGACCUCAACAGCGAUCGACUAAACAGAGAUCGAAAUGCUAGAGACAGUGUUGCAACCUACGGCGAAUUCGAAGCCGAGAUAUGUACAGCAUCGGCCGCACAAGCGACAAAGGGCACAUUGCGGAGCAUUGAUCAGCCGAUGUCCGUCACUGGCCGUGGAUCGCGCCCAUCACAGAGGCUUCAAUCCGCUCGGCGGGACGUGUCUCAGUCAUCAGCCGAGAGGUCAUCAUAUAUGGCCAGCUGUCAAUCUCGUCGAUCCAGCGAUAUACCCACCAUCUCUGAGCCGGAAUUCUUCCACGGGGAUCCGAUAUUCAACCAUCAGAGACAGAGCCAGCUCAGAAAGCCCCCCUCUGCCUCCCAGAAGGAGACCAACAGAAGAAGCCGAGUCAUUGCCGUGACGAGACAGGAGGAGCAUCUCCUUGAGGCAAUGCGACAGAGGAAGGGGAAGAUUACGCCCAGUAUCUUCCAAGAGAGCCGAUUUAACAGUAGCUUGGAGCCCGACCAAGGUUCCAUGCUGUCUGUCCCUUCACGGGAUUCGUUCUAUGGAUCAGACAUGUCCUUUUUACGCCUAAGCCCUGCUUUCCCUCCUAAAUCGGUCCAAGCCAAUGCGAACCGCAAUGAAAGGGAAGGCUCCGUUUGUCAGAGCACUUUUUCAGACGAGGAGCAGAGGACCAUCAACUCAUUCCCUUCUCCUCGUGCUAGCUUGGCUUUCUCCGAGGGUCUUUCGUCUCCCUCGACCAGCGCAGCCUCGCCGUUGACACCGACGCUCCCCAUCCACCGCUUCUCCCCUAUACCGUCUCAAGGGCCACCGCCCCGUCGCCCUAUUCCCGCUGUGCCACAAGACAAGAGGCGGCACUCGCGGCGGCGUACAGAUAGCAGCGAGGCAAUUGUCCUGGAAGAGCCCGAGGAGCCGAAGCAAAGGGAUGAGCUUCCCAUGUGGACAUUGCGGUGGAAUAACGACAAUGGAACUAUGACGGCUGUACACUGA